UUUUUUGUUGCUCCCAUCGAUUUUCAUUUAAUUUAUUAUCCCAACGUUUCCAUGGUGAGAUAUUCAAUCCAAUAACUACGUCUCUAACAAGAGCGAGGAAUGCAAAUAUAGAAUAAAAUACGGCGAAUCAAUGUGAUGGAAUUUGCACUAUUUCGUUAGAAUGCCUCGGGUGGAAAAGCAGUGAAAUAAAUAACAAAGUUAUUUGUAACAGAUAAAAGGGUGCGUCGUGUAGUAAGAAUUGGGAUCAGCAACAUCACGACAGCACUUGAGAUAGUAGCAGCAUUCGAUAUGUGCCGGGGAGGUUUGGUCGGUCGGUCGCUCGGCCUGAGGACUGAUCUUGAAACGCGUUGCGUCGUUCAAUUGAUCCAUUCGCAGCGCCGUCCACCAAGACACGGUCCAAAUUUAAACCCAACCAGUUCGGCAGCACUUCAACGCAACAGUUCGGGUAUUACUGUGGCCACGUGGCCGAUACUGGAGAGUUACUUUUUUCGUUGUUGCCAUCAAUUAAUAGCGAAACUCUGAUACUGCCACAGCGUGCAGUUUCGUCAGAUUUAAUCGCACGUCAAAAUUCCAGACAUUCGGCAGCAGCACUCUAUCGUUGGCGGUGUGCGUGUGCGUUACUCAACAUGCUGUUGAGCUAGAUCUGGGAUCUGGGAUGUUUGGAAAGUACGAACCCUUGUGUGUUGGGGUUAGUUUUGUGUGUCGUCUAGAAGGUAGCAGUUCCUGUUUUGACCGUCCCAGCAAGUCAUACGAUAAGAAUGUCGGAGAAUGCUAUAGUACCACCGCCAAGGUUACACCAUAAUGUGCUACCACCACCUGGCAUACAUCCAACAGCAGCGAGAGAAUAUCGCCCACCACUGUCGAUCAUCAAGUUUCUCGAACUGUCGCUGGCAAUAACCUGCACCACCCUGCACUACUACAGCUUUGACGAUGGUGAUCUGGUGACGGGAUUUCUCGCCACCGGGACCUUCUGUGGGUUCAUCGUCAUUCUCUUCACUAUAAUGGCAGGUUACCUUAUGAAGGCUCAUCUUCAUCGUCGGCUGAGUAUCUUCUACAGCUUGCUCGGGUGUGCCUGUUUUCUAACGUCCGGUGUCUUCAUUAUCGAGGCGUGGGAGCACGCAUUCCGCACACGGACACGCGAUCUCGCCAUCACCAAGGGGUCGAUAGCCGUCAUCAAUGGUGUGAUCUUUCUGAUGGAUACGAUCUUUACCUUUCGUGACCGAAAGUGAACCACGCGUGACGGUGCACUACUAUGUGCCGUACACCAUAUGUACCGAUGUUUAGUGUUUGGUGUUGAAGUUUUCGCUCUAGCUCGCUGUAGAUCUUAACGCAAUAAAGUGUCUACUAACAGAUGGA